AUGUCUCUGGUCAAUUCCUUUAUCAGAAGGAUCACGUUCAAUGCCAAACAUCGAAGCGUCGUCGUCAGCAACUCCGAAACAACGCAUGAUCAGAUUUCCGCAACAAGAACCUUGCCGCCACUUCCCGUUGAGAUAUGGCUUAAAAUCUUCCGAUUAUGCCUCGGACCCUCGCUUUCGAACCCGAGGCAAACCUCUCUCCACGCAUAUAGCAAGUUUGUCUUCCUUUCCGAUGGAGAAACCGCGCGCGCAUAUCUAAAGAAAGAACAGACUCGAACCGUUCUAAGUCUUGUUUGCCGUGCAUGGCACACAAUAUCCAAGGACUUGGAUGAUGCGCUCCAAAUCAGCCUUCUGGACGAGUUCGACUGGCCGCCUCACCGCUCAAGAGGCCAGGCAAAGGUUAUACAUUAUCUACAGAAGGAACCGUUAUCUUAUCUAUUCGAUAAUCCCGUCAAAGAAUACCGUCAGAGCCACAUACCCCACCAGCAAGGCCCUCGCCUUCAGGAUGAAACGAUUCAACUUGGUAACGAACAUCCACUGGCGCCUAUAACCGCAGUCGUUGACUACGAUAUUUGGAUCCCUCCCAAUUACACCCCAGCUCAACCCAUUCAGGCAUUUCGUUGGUCACCUUGUCAGAUUCCAUUCGUAGAUAGUCCGAACCAACUUUGCCAUCCAGUUUUUUCCAGUCUAGUUGCCUUGUCACUAGUUCUCUUCUAUCCUCCAUCCCAUCCCGACACAUACAAAGGAAUUGCAUUGCCGGAACUUCGUUUUCUCGAAGUCGUACUCCUCGAAAGCCGUUUGCUGGUAUCAUCGAUAACAGAGGGGACGGUUUCAACCUGGCAAUUCCCAAGACUUUCGAUAGUCAGGGUUCAUGCGAGGGAAAAUGCCGAUGCCAAGACGGAGUUGCGCACUCUUGUGCGCACUCACGCACACCAAAUCGAAGAGCUUCAAAUAUCCGACCUUGGUGACGCUUUCCCAACCCAAUAUGACUGGCACACCCUUUGCGUGCUCAGGUUGAUCGUAUUUCACUCGCUCGAUCAGAUGGGAGACGCGCUCUCAUCCAUGGACACUCGUCAGUUAUCUGUAGCUACUGGCCUCUCUCGACCACAUGGCCAGGUGGAAACAACACGCAAACGCUUGACCAUGAGCCUUCAAUACCCUCGGGAAGACAUUCAGUCCAGAUCAGCUGCUCUACAGAAGUUUGAUGCCUGCAGGGAAAUCCUCCACAACUUCAAUUUUGCCGUAGCAAGAACAUGGCAAGACCUGCGGGAGAGUUUCCAGGCGGUCAAACUCUACCAUAACGAGAGCACACUAGAAGACUUGAGAGAGACAUUGGCGUUGAUGGAAAGGCUGAAACUCGACUUUGUCGACCCAGAUGGGUACAGCUUUCAUUCAGAGGCACGGUAUUUCAAGAAUGAAAUUGAAGAUUACAUCCGCCGAAUCGGCUCCGCAUCGGCCUAA